AUGUUGAUUUUAUUCUUCAAGAUUAUUGUAUUGGUUUUAAGCGUACAUUCUUUUCGUCUAGUAACAGAUGACCAAAUAGUUUUGGAUCCAGAAACGUAUUUGUCCAGCUUAGGAUAUUUAAAACAAGGAAGUUCCUUCAGACAGCAUACCAGAGCUGAGAUUAAGGACGCUGUCAGAUUAUUCCAAGAAAAAAACGGACUGAAGAUUUCUGGGAAACUAGAUCGUGACACGAGACAACUCAUGAAAAAACCUAGAUGUGGGGUUCCAGACCUACCGUCACCACAGUCUCAUGUCAGAAGUAAAAGAAAUUCUCAAAAGCGAAGUCAAGAGAAAAAAACUCGUGAAUUCAAAUGGAACUCCAAGCAAAUCUCCUGGAAGUCGAACAGAUAUUCUUCCAAAAUUCCUUUUGAUAAACAGAAUUCUAUUUUCAAUGAAGCAUUUCGAAGAUGGUCAGAGCCCAGUGAAAUGAACGUGACUCGUGGGACGAGAUCUCCAGAGAUAGAGAUGAUCUUCGUUAGCCGAAACCAUGGCGACGGUGAUGGCAAUGCAUUCGAUGGGAAAGGUAUGUUACUUGCCCACACAUUUGCGCCUGGGAACGAGACGCUGUCCGGUGAUGUCCACUUUGAUGCUGACGAAUUUUGGACCACUGGCGUCAACCGGAGCGACUCACGUGACCUUAUGAUGCUAGCGAUGCACGAGUUUGGACACGCUCUGGGAUUAUCUCAUUCCAAAAAUAGAAAAGAUGUCAUGUUUCCAGUCUAUCUUGAUUAUAACCCCAACCCUCAACUGAACAUUGGAGAUGUGAAAAAACUGCAGAAAUUAUACGGUAAGAGGCCAGGCUACGUCAUCUCACCAAGGAAAAAGUCUUUGGCUGCUGCUAAGAAGGUAAAUACCCCUAAAGUCAAGAUGCCCAAAUGGUGCUUUAGAAAAAUAAAUGCAGUUAUACAGAUUUCAGAUCAACAAGGUUACAUCUUCAGUGGUCAGAAGGUUUAUCGUGUUACAGAGGAGGGGAUAGUUCCUGGCUACCCAGUGCACGUUGGUCACGAGUUUCCUGGUGUGCCUGUGCAAGCAGAUGUGAUCUUCCACAUCCGCGACUUUAGGAGGACCUACUUUUUUAAAGAAAAUGGGGUAGUAUUACCGAUCUACUGGAUUGAGCUUAGAUUUAUGCCAAGCAUGGCUUGA